AUGGCAAUACAAUAUAAAACGAAAGCUCCAAGUGAUGAAUGUAGAUGGAUAUGCAUAUAUCCAUUAUAUAUGAAUUCUCGAAAGACCAUUGCACAGGGACGACGAGUGAGCAAGAAUAAAGCAGUAGACUCACCAACAGCUCAAGAAAUCUUCGAUAUUUUGUCGAAUGCUGGCAUGAAAGUCAAACUUGAGAAACAAAAAAUGCAUCCUUUAGAUCCAAAUCGUGAUGCUAAUUCGCAAGGAAGAGUACGAGUGCAAUUACGGAAUGAUGAUGGUUCCUUAUGUGAUGAAAAAUUCCCAACAAGGAUGUCGCUGAUGUUAUACGCAUGUGAAAUGGUGCCAAAAUUGAAAACACGUCAAGUUGGUGGUGGGAUAACAUCACAAACUUCUUCGGGUGGCGGAAUUGGUGGUGGGAAAGCCAAUAAAAAGAAGAAGCGAUAA